AUGAAGCAAAAGCCUCAUUCAUGGAGACCAUUUGGGCAAGCAUCACUUUCAUCUUCUCUCCUCUCUAAAUCCAGUGAUUUUGUUUGCAGACAAGGAGGGAAACAAUCAAUCUCUUUGUCUGAGUUUUUGGAUAAAAAGAUUAGUAAAUCCAGCAAGAAAUCAAUCCAGGAAAAGCAGAGAUGUUUUGCAUCAAUUGGAUCUGUUGCUAAAGAUUCAAAGAAUAAGAGUAAUGAUUUUGUUCUUGAUGAAGAUGUUUUUAAGCAGUUCAGACAUUCUGAUGGAGAGAUUGUGAGAGAUGAAGGUGAAAAUUUUGAUGUAGAAUCCACAAAGGGCGAACAAAAUUCAAAUAAAAGAGAAACUCUCUCAGGUGAAGUUGAGAGGACUUGCUGUCCAAAAUACAUGGUUGUUCUUGGUGAUGAUCCAAAGCCAAAAUUAAGGAGGGGAAAAGAGAGGUUUGAGGAUCAUAAAGAGAAGCUAGUUUAUAAUCACUAUGAAAAUGGCAGUGGAUGCUGGGAUGGUGACAGAGAAGGACUUGACACUGAAGAAGUUGGAAACAAUGAAGCCUGGGAAGGAAUGGGUUCCACCACUCUGGGAGGUUUAGAGUGGCAUUAGCAAUUUCGACAAAACGCCGGUGUUUUAUCUGU